AUGUCAGGGCUGUUAUGGGCCUUAGAACACAGAACAGAGAAGUCCAAGAGAGACAUCCCUGCCGUUGCUGCUGCUGCUGCUGCUGUCAUCGACUGGUUCCCUACAAUGCCUUCAGCUCACACUCUGCUUGGACUCCUUGCUGUCUCCAUCUUUCUCUCCCUGACACUGGGUGUCCCAGGGCAGCCAAAGACCAAACUCCAGAACCCCAAAGGAAAGAGGAAAGGGGCAGCGAGGCCAAAAGUUCUUCCCUCAAUGGCUCAGGGACCCUUAGACUUGGUCCAAAGGGUGAAGCUGCCGGGGGAGAAGGUGUUUGCCUUAAUGGAAGAAUAUGAGAGGAGCAUUCAGGAGAUGGUGACCCAGCUGAGGAACAGCUCAGAGCCAUCCAAAGGCAAAUGUGAGGUCAACCUGCAGUUGUGGAUGUCCAACAAGAGGAGCCUGUCCCCAUGGGCAUACAGCCUGAAUCAUGACCCAGCUCGAAUCCCUGUGGACCUCCCCGAGGCCCGCUGCCUUUGCCUAGGCUGUAUCAAUCCCUUCACGAUGCAGGAGGACCGAACCAUGGUGAGCGUCCCUAUUUACAGCCAGAUCCCAGUUCGUCGCCACCUCUGCUCCUUGUUUCCCCGGGCUGGCUGGAGGCAGCAGAAGGCCUGUGCCCCAAGGCCUGUCAUGGAGACUAUCGCUGUGGGCUGCACCUGUAUUUUCUAA